AUGACCGAACCGCAGGCCCCCUCCGCUCCCGGGUCCGCGAAACUCGUAGGUCCCUCUCUACUGGCCUGCCUCUUGUGCCGCCACAAGCACCUCAAGUGUGAUGGGAAAACCCCGGUCUGCAGCCGAUGUCUCCUCACGGGCUCCGACUGCAACUAUACCAAGUCACGCAGAGGCUAUAAGGGUCCGUCGAAGAAACGCCGCGCUGAACCGGACUCCCCGGACCAGUUACCUCUUGAUCCCGCCGUAGGCCUGGUCGAUAUCCCCACGGACUGGAACCUGCAAAGCGGCUUCCACUAUACGCCCACCAUGCCCCUGUCAUCCUCCGGGUCUGUGAGUCCCGGAUUGAAUGAUAUGUCUUUGACAAUGGCGCCCUCUUCCCGGCCAACUACCGGCCCACUGACCCCGGAUUCUUCCUCGUCGGUCGGCGGGGAUGGGUAUCUGCUCGAUAUCUACUAUACAUACUUCCACUCGGCUCAUCCGAUCCUACCUCCACUGCGAUUCCUCUAUCGCGCCCAUUUCCCGCAUUACUUGGAGCAGGUGAUGAAGUUCAUCGGCUCGCACUUCACCCCCGCCGCCUCCAGUGAAACGUAUCGACCCAUGAUUGUCGCGGCAGUUCGAGACCAAGCACCCUCGGUCGAGAAGGUGCAGGCCCUCCUUCUGCUGUCCAUCGUGUUACAUUCGCGUAAUGAGCGUCGCGAAGCGGGGGAGUGCUUGGCCAGCGCAGUGGACCUGGCAUUCGACCUCGGUAUGCACGAGGCGACUUAUGCCGAAACCGCCAGCAACGGCGAUCCCAUUCGUGCUGAAUGUCUGCGUCGGAGCUGGUGGGAACUUUUCGUGGUCGAGGGAAUGUUAACAGCUCUUGGAGUGCAACGUGUCUACCGCACUAACCUGGUACCGCCCGUCGUGCCCCUUCCUUGCGAAGAGCGCAUCUACCAGGAUGGAUUGACGCCACCACUUCCGCCGACUAUCGCGCAAUUUGACCAGCGCGUAUUCGUGGACGAGGAGCGCGAUUUUUCCUCGUACACUUAUCGGAUUGAGGCCGUGCGCAUCCUGGGUCGAGUGGUCGCAACACAGGAGAUGGUGGAGGGUCAGCAGGACCACGUCGAAGCUAUUGACGCGCGCAUCGCCAGCUGGUUCCACCAUCUUCCAGAAUCCAAGGCGGAACUGCUGCGUCCGGACGGCUCGGUCGACGAGGUCAUGUUCCAGGCAACUAUGAUCGUGAACGGUGCUUCCAUCUAUCUGAACUUUCCCCGUUCUGAUCUUCUCUCGUCGCCCGCAGUCGCGUCAGACGUCAUCUGUGGCCAUCAUGGACCCAUUAGUGUACCGGUUUUUUCUCACCACGCCCAUGCCAUGAAGGCCGUGAAGGCGGCUAGUGAGCUGUCUUCGCUAGCUGCCAUACGCUUGCCAGUCGAGAGGCACACACCAUUCUUCAUCUGUGCUCUCACACUCAGCUCUAUUGUCCAGCUGGCAGCCUGUUCCGUCAAAGCGGGCUCCAUGCCUGAUCCAAGCCGCGAACGCAUUGGUCUGACCAUCGGCGUCUUCAGGUCACUUGGCCGUACGUGGGCCAUCUCGCAGUCGAUCAUGCGACAGAUCAAAGCCGUCUCGCGCGAUGUACUCGACAUCGGAGUGCGCCCGACUAUGGACCCGCUCGAUCUGACAUUCUGGGUUCAGGAGGGUCCCAGCUGA